AUUGGACAGUUCAUUCCUACAAUCCCAACAAAUAAGUGAAUCAAAUGCUUCUACUCGUAUACAUGCAGAAUUUCCUACAUGGUUCAAGAAUCAAAUAUGUCAUCAGGAGGUUGUGACCCUCCCCGUCCACCAUCACCUAGUAGGAAUAAGGGGAAGCAGGUAAUGAAGGGGAAGAACAAAUAUGUGAUUAAAGUAUUCUCACGCAGAGACAACUUCACAUCAUCUAUCCCAUCCCCAGUUGUAGCAUCCACACAAUCCCCAUCCCCAGUUAUGGCAUCCAGACCAUCCUCAUCCCCAGUUAUUGGUUCUAUGUCAUCCCCAUCCGUAGGUAUUCAUUCUACACCAUCUCCAUCCCCAGGUGUUACAUCCACACCAGCUCCAUCCCCAGAUGAUAUAGGAACACCUAAUGAAGACUUAAAUGAUGAGGACCCGCCACUUGAUGAUCUUCCUUUAAUUAAACCUACUCGUAAUGGGUUUCUCCCAUCAAAGAUUGCAUCAAGUGCUAUCACACGGACCAUUAAGCAGCAAUAUCAUGCACCCUGGGUCACAUGGGGAGAAAUUCCCCCGGCUGAUAAAGAUAUUUUCUUUCAACGCUUUAAGGUAAAUUCAAGUUUUAUGAAAUAUACACUUAUAUUUUGUUAAUAUGGAUGUGGGUCUGUUUGUUGAUUUAG